AUGGAAAAGUUACUACAUUGGUCUAUAGCAAGCGCACAGGGGGAUAAGGAUGCUGUGGAAAAGGCAGGUCAACCUGAUCCAAAGUUAUUACAACAGCUCUUUGGCGGUGGUCCAGAUGAGCCAGCAUUAAUGAAACAAGCUGUUCAGGUUAUUACAAAUCCUGAAGCUGAGCUAGAAAAUAAAUUAGUUGCGUUUGAUAAUCUUCAGAUGUUAAUUGAAAACUUAGACAAUGCUAAUAAUCUCGAAAAUUUGAGACUUUGGGAACCAUUAAUUGGUGUUUUAGAUAGUCCAGAAGCCGAAUUACGUGCAAAUACAUUAUGGGUUAUUGGUACCGCUGUUCAGAACAACGACAAAUCGCAAAAUAACUUUAUGAAGUAUAAAGAUUCUAUGAAGAAACUUGUUACUCUGGUGAACUCUCCGGAGGAGCAGGCUUCGGUAAAGGUUAAAGGGAUCUAUGCACUAUCGAAUUUGGUUAGGCACAAUAAGGUUGCACAUGACGAGUUUGUCUCAUGCGGGGGCAUGAAGUUUUUAAGUGAAUCUUUGAAGAAUAAAAGCUUAGAUCAAAAAGUUAAGAUGAGAUUAAUAGCUUUAUUGGCUGCUGUUACGACAUCUGUGGACAUUAAUGAAGAAUUCAUUGACAUGUUAAGGAAGGAGGAAAUCCUUUCAAAUGUUAUUCAUUUGCUGCAACCGGAUGCUAAUCUCUAUCUAAUAGAUAGAGUGUUGAACUUUUUGACGAUAUUAUUUGAUGCUAAAGUUACUUUAGCUGAUCAGGAAGGUGUUCAGUUGCGAGUAUUGUUUGAUGAGCUAGGGUCUGUUAAAGAUCAAUUGAACGAAGAUGACUAUCUCAGGGUACAACAAUUCCUAAAGUAA